CCUAUAUCUGCUGCAUCUGGUACAUUUACGUGAUCGGCCGCGCGGUUCCCGGGGAUGCAACCACAAAAUUAACAUCGUUUACUUUACCGCACUGAUAUUACAUCAAGACGCCGUGUUUCGGGGCCGACAAAACGAUUGUUAAGGACCUGAAUUAUCAUGGCUGAGCAGCAGAGGCAGCGUACGCUCUCCACAUCAGGAGAAUCCCUCUAUCAGGUGCUGGGAGUGGAAAAACUGGCUACUGUUGAUGACAUCAAGAAAUCCUACAGGAAACUGGCUUUGAAAUAUCAUCCUGACAAGAAUCCUGAUAACCCCGAGGCAGUGGAUAAGUUCAAAGAGAUCAACAAUGCCCACGCCAUUCUCAAUGACGCUACAAAGCGAAACAUCUACGACAAGUAUGGCUCUCUGGGUCUUUACGUGGCUGAACAGUUUGGAGAGGAGAACGUCAAUACCUAUUUUGUCCUGUCCAGCUGGUGGGCCAAGGCUCUGUUUAUUUUCUGCGGCCUGGCUACAGGUUGUUAUUUCUGCUGUUGCCUUUGCUGUUGCUGUAACUGCUGCUGCGGUAAGUGUAAACCACGACCACGUGAGGGACCGGAACCGGAAUUCUACGUCUCUCCUGAAGACUUGGAGGCCCAGCUUCAGUCCGAUGAGAGAGAGGCAGGUGGAGGUGAGCCUAUCGUGAUGCAGCCCUCGUCGGCCACGGAAACCACCCAGCUGACGUCUGACGGUUUCCACACCACUUACCACACUGACACCGGCUUCAACUAAAGCUCGACCCUUUCCACCUCCACCCUGUGGCUUGUCUCCUGCCACUACAUCCCCACCUGUCUGAGGGAGAAAUGAGCAGAAUCCUUAAACUACAAAAAAAGCCUGUUUGUGAGAGGAGGAUAGCCAGUGAUGGAGGAAUUAUUUUUGUUUUUUAGAGUAACCUGUGCUUUAUUCACACACCACUUCCAUGUCCCACACAAGAGUGGCUCCCAUUCACCUCAGCGUAGCUUAAAAACGAGUUUUAGAAAAUUGAUAAAAACAUCCUGUUGGUUCCCCUGAUCUCUUUGUUGCCUUGACCUCCGACCUUGCCUUCCACUCGUUCGUUCCUUCCUCCAGCCAGAUCUGCUCGUCGUCCUGUGGCAUGCACUGUUCCUUGACUCUGUUAGAUGAAAUUUUUGCAGUUCUGGUUUUCUUGUAGGUAUAUUUAUUGACAUGCAAUAUUUGUUUCCUGACUGUGGUUUAAAUCCCUGAAUUGACCAUAGGUGUUUGAAGACUAGAGAUGCUCAGCUGAGAAGCAGUAGGAUUUUAUUAAAUUCUUCAUCAACAUCUCGACAUAUUAUGAUUUUCGAUGGGGUUUUUAGGGCAACCUCGCUUUUCUCAUCCAUCCAUUCUAUUUUGCGAAAGAGAUACAAGUGAUGCAAGCGAUAACCUGUCAUUUCCUUUCAUUGGUUAAAAUCAUCACAUUUGGAUGUUGGUGAUCCUUAUUGGACCAUUUGCAACAAGCUGAGCCAAAAUUAGGACUCUUCUGUAUAUGUGGAGUGGAUUUACAUGUCAUCUCUCAGUGUGCCUGCUAGUAUGUGGAUGUUGCCAUGCCAUGCUGAGGUUGUCCGGUGAUGUGCGAUAACAUGUUUGGCACUAAGCUCUAUUUGGCCCAGUUGUGUCUCUAUUGUCCUUCAAGACGAAUCACGAUUGCCAACCGACCAUUAAGUACCAUAGUGUCAUAUCUGAUGUCACAUCUCGACUGUACAUGUAAAGUCGCUACAAAGAAGGAUGAUGAAUUUUUAUAUAGUUAUACAAUCGGCACACAUCAUGUGUAUGUACAAUAUAUGUAUAUUUUGUGCAUUUUUGUAUUUCAGUUACUUUGCGCAUAUAUAGGAAAGAUUGUGUGAUAUAGUUCUUCUUGUGUCUGUGGUACUUGCCUCUUGCGGUUGCUCCCUAUGCCAAGAUAUAUGGUUUGUUGUGAGAGAGAUGUUUGUAUUAGUUUAAAGUAGCUAAUUCCGGAACGACAGACAUUCCCAUAUAUUUAUUGAAGUGGUGUGAUGAAGCAUUCAUCGUCUGUGCAGCUUUCAUGCUUUCAACACUAAAAUUCAAUCUCAUCUCUGUCUUUCCAUUGUUGCAACAAUACAAGUGCAAAUAUACAUGUAAGAACUUUUUCUGUGCAUUUAUUUGCAAACCGAUCAUUUCUUACAAUUAAAUGUAUUAAACAGACUUUCUGUUUUGGGAGGAAAUAUAUUAAACAGCUUAGUUUUGAUGCUACAUUUUACGAGGAAAUAAGCUACUUAUUCACUGAUAUUUUCGCGUUUAUUUGAUAGGAUCUCAUAAUCGUCUUUGAAUUGUGGCAUUAUAUUUUGUCAUUCGUAUAUUAUUUUUGUGUCAUGUUUUCUCUUGUAGUCAAGUUAUGUGAAUGGAUCCUUAUUGUGUUGUUCUCCAUUGUUAGAUGUUUUGUGCUUUCAAAGAAAUUUCAAGUUAGAUGCUUGUUGGUCUGAAUGGUAUAAAAUUGCCUCUGUACAUGUGGUCAGUUGUUUUUUCGAGAACAUUUAAAAGUGCUUUAAUAACCUUCUUAUACCAAACCUGAUUUUCUGAAUCUGCAAUUACACUAAGAUGACCAUCAUUGCCAUAUUCACGGUCAUGUUCUUAACUGUUUUUCUCUAACUUCCCAUGCCAGUCUAUUCACUGCUGGCAUAUGGGCAGUCCUGCAUGAUAAGUUUUAACUUGUCUAAUCUUCCCAGCAUUAUACAAAUGUCACCAGCCAUGUUCUUUCACAUUUUAUUGUUGUGCUUCAAAUGCAAAUGAUUCAUUGAUUUGUUUACAUUCAGUUAUUGAGCACAAUAAUCUCUUGUCUGUCGGUAUCUGCUCCUUAUUCCACGCUCUCCUUCUCUCACUCUGUCACUCCCUUUCUAUCUUGUUAUCAUGCUCUAAAUGGCUUAUAAUGGAUGUUGGCCUCUGUGAUAACUUUUCCUGUGCAUUUAUCUGUUUCAGAACUGCAGUCAUUUAAAAUGUAUGGCUUCUUUGUUAAAAUGUUGGAUUUUCCUUUAAAGUUAAAUGGACCUUGCUUUAAGGAGAAAAAAAAGUACAUAAUAAAGUGAAAUGGUCAGGAAAUUAAUGCAUAUAAUGUCUUCAGAAAGAAGAUAAAAUGUUUAUUGUAAUUAUAGUGAAAUGGUAAAUUUUAUGCAUUUUAAAUAUUUUAUUUAUGAUCUUAUUUUGUCAUGUUAAUGAUGAAUUGGCUUUGUUUUAAAUGGUAUGUUAUAUGAAUACAUGACUCUGAAACUAUGCGACUCAUAGUUCUAUAGUGAAAGUCUCUUGUACAUACACUGAAUUAUUAAAAAGAAUAAAAAAUAGACCUUUA